AAACUGUACUCCCCGCUUGUGUUCCAGGUUUUGUUCCAGAGUAGCCGUGUCCUCGUUUCUGUAUGAAUGUUCCAGGUUUAUUUCAUUUUGCAUCCUUGCUGAGAGAAGUCCGAGCGCCAGGCUGGAGACCAUGGAUUCUGGGGCAGAAGCAUUUCUCUCUACCCAGAGCACCCUUACUUCAGGCAGGAGGGAAGAAAAACUCUCUCAAUCUCCUUGGACUAAGUGAGGCAGAAUUAGAAGAGCAGUUUGUGAGAGGUGAUGGCCCAGGAGGCCAGGCCACAAAUAAGACAAGCAACUGUGUUGUCUUGAAGCAUGUUCCAUCUGGGAUUGUAGUGAAGUGUCAUCAAACAAGAUCAGUGGAGAAGAAUCGGAAGAUAGCCAGAGAAAUCCUGCAGGAAAAAGUUGACCUUUUCUAUAAAGGUGAAGAAAGUGAUGUUUUUAAAGAGAGGAAAGCAUUGGAGAAGAAAAAGCAGGAGAAAAAAAGAAAAGCAAGGGAACAUCUAGAAAGGAAAAAGCUUUUUAAAGAGAUGCAACAACUGGAUAAGAAAUGAACUGUAUGAAAUACAGACUUGCCUGAGUAGGGUAAGGGGAACGUUUAUCAUUAUACCUAAACCCGGGUUUCAAACUAACGGAUGAAGUUAGUUUGAUGUAGAGCUCCCUAAGCACUGUUGAAAGACCAAGUAGUGACCUUCCAUUACUGUAAAACUGAGGUGAUAAAAGCAGUUGUAUUUCUGCUUCUGUCCGCCAUCAUCUCAUUAAUCACAUUUAGCAAUCAGUUUCCCUGCCAAGUUCAGAAGAUGCUAAAGCAAUCCUUGUUAAAAAGGAACUAUAAACCUUCUACCAUUGGUAAUGGAGACCAAAAAGUGCAAUAGAUUUCUUUCUGCCUGGAUGACACCUUAUGAUGCUUCGUAGGAGUUCAAACACUUGGGAAGAACAAGCCUAAAACCAACACUCCCUCCUGCAAGUGAGUUGUGUUCUUCCAGUUCAAAGGUAAAAUUGGGUUAUUACAGCUAAAGAACAUGUCCUGGAAGCUGCCUCUCAAGGCAAUGGAAUCCAGUUCAUCCAAGCAGUGAAGUAAUUAACUUGGCCUCUUAAUAUACUGUAUUUUCUGCAAGUAUCCAUAGCUCUAUGUGUUAGAUAGCCUAGACAGCCCAACGUCCUUAGGAUUUAGAUUGCAUAAUAAAGAAUUACAGUCACUUAUUACAUUAAGCUCAGGCAUUUGAGUAUCUUCCCUCAUUUCAGACACUUUGCAAUGUUCUGCAAAUACAGCUGCAUGUCCUUUGUUACUGUCACUCUGAAGGCACUAGUGAGGAAUACUUUCCCAUUUUAAUCCCAUUCACAACUCUAAUUGUUUAACCGGAACUUCCCUUUCAUUUCUGGACAGCACCUCCUCACUAGUUGCCACCAAGUUUUGGCCUUCAGUACUGAAACGAGAAAGCUUCAGGAAGCCAGGCCACAGUAUGUGUUUUGAAAGGAGUGGAGACCACUGGCAACUGUAACCACCUUCCAACUGCAUCCCACUGUGCCAGGGAUGGAAACUCACCAGCAAGUCAGGGCUGUUCCCUAAUUUUCCCUCUGCUGUUCCUGAACCUGAGCCGCCUGCAUGAAAGUUACAUUUUUAGCUGUUGAGAGUUCUUGUUCAUGGAGUAUGAAUCCAAUUAAAGUGACUGUACAGAGUUUUAAUACAAACUGUUAAUGAAAAUAAGCUUUAUUACGUCAAGUAAUAAAUACAUACAAAGAUGCAAAUAACAGUUUUAGUAAUUUAUCCAGAAUUUUCUUUUUCUUCUUUUUUUUUUUUUUUUGGCAAACUUUAAACUGAAAUCUCCAGCCUUAAUGUAGAAAUUAGCUUUCCAGGACCUUGUUAUUAUUUAAUAGGUUUCCCUAUUUUCCAUAUAACUCAUGCACUUUAAAUGGACUUCAAAGCACUAACAGUCAUGCAAAUGUUUAUGCAAAACGAACAAAAAAGGGAAAGUAAGAGAAGGGGAAGGUUAUUUCUAAGCAGGGUCUAUGCUGUAUGACAAAGUGUGACUUAGCAGACUACAGGGGACAGCAUGCUAUUCUGCAUUCAUUAAACAAAAUCCUCAGAGCUUAUGUCAGACUGUGGAAGACUGACAGUUUGGGGUUAAGUGAAUACAGUCAAAGGAAAAAACCAAAAA